AUGCACCUGAAACCUCAAUGCAAUGCCGGCCAAAAGACAGAGCCUUUGGAGGAAUCCAUCAAAAUCGACAAGCGCGACAGCUACGAAGCCUUAGUCGAGGCUGCUUGGAGUUUUGGUUUGGCUGGCUACCACAGGAAGUUUGAGUCGUUUGCUAGCUUCCUGGAUCACAUUUUUUGGAAGGUCCAGACCAAACCUGCUUCGAUGCGGCGUUGGGAGCUGGCAAAGCUGGUGCUGGCGGAGGCGCCAGAUGUGGUGAAGCUGUCGCACUGCGCCGAUGAAGUUAUGGCCAUAGCGAGAUCUGCAACUCCAAGGUCCUCGGAUGCAGCACAUGACGCCUUCUUGGCGGAGGUGAAAUCCGUGUUGGAGGUGCGACUCAAAUGA